AUGACCAACAGUAUUUUACUAAUAGGUGCAGGUGGGAUAGGUUCAGAAGUAGUAAAUCUUCUGAUAAAACACUAUAAAGGUGACCUCUGCAUUGUAGAUAAUGAUAAAAUAGAGUUAUCCAACCUUAAUAGACAAUAUUUCUACAAUAAUUCAGAUAUAAACAAGUAUAAAGCAGAAGUACUCUCUGAUAGAAUAAGUAAAUAUACUAAAAAUAUAAAAAUAUCUUAUUAUAUAGAUGAUAUAAAGUAUAAAAAGUUUAAUGUUGAUUUUUUUAAAAAUUUUCAGUUAAUAAUCAGCUGUGUUGAUAAUAUUCCAACCCGUAAGCAUAUAAGUAUGAUGGGGAUCCUGUCUAAUACAGUAAUAAUAGAGAGUGGAUCAUCUGGGUAUGAUGGUGAAGUGUAUGUAAUACAUAAUAAGCAUACGGAGUGUUAUGAGUGCAGGAAUAUAACUGAGGUAAAGACGUAUCCCAUAUGUACACUAAGACAGAUACCUAAAGAAUGGCAUAAUUGUGUACACUGGGCUAAGUAUGAUAUAAUAGACAGACUAGAAAAUAAUGAGCAUAGUGUAAUAAGUGAUGAUAAUAGUAUAGAAAAUAAUGAGCAUAGUGUAAUAAGUGAUAGUACUUCUGAUGUGAUAGAAUAUAGUACACAUAGUGUAAUAAGUGAUAGUACUUCUGAUGAGAUAGAACAUAAUGAGCAUAGUGUAAUAAGUGAUGAUGGUAGUAUAGAAUAUAGUACACAUAGUGUAAUAAGUGAUAGUACUUCUGAUGGUAUAGAGUGUAUAGAAGAUAAUAAUAAUAGUGUAAUAAGUGAUAGUGAUAGUAUAGAAUAUAUUACUAAUGAUGUAAUAAGUGAUAUUAAUAGAUUAAAUAUAACUAAUAGUGUAAUAAGUAAUACUUAUGAUACAAUCAGUGAUAAUAUAAAACAUAUUGAUCAUAGUGUAAUAAGUAAUACUUAUGAUACAAUCAGUGAUAAUACUGUAUCUAUUAAUACAAUAAAUACGAUACAUAAGUUAUUUAAUAUUAAUAUUAACACAUUGUGUAAUAUAUCUUAUAAUAAUAGUAUUAAAUUAGUCCAUUUACUAUCUAAAUAUAAAGCACUACAGUAUAAUAUUACAGUACCAGAUAUAAAUAUGACUAAGACCAUUUUAGACAACACGAUUCCAUCUAUUAUCACUACUAACUCAAUUAUUGCUAAUAUUAUAAUACUUAUGAUACAAUGUGUAAGAAAUAAUAUUUAUGAUAAUGUUUAUUAUAUUAAUAAUAAUAUAAGAAGAAUUAAAGGCAUAAAAUAUAAUGAUAAUUGUAGCAUAUGUUCUGCACAUAAACAUAUAAUAAGUAUUAAGUAUAAUUAUACAUUAUAUAAUAUACUAUGUGUAGUAAGUAUUAGUAUAACUAAUUCUACUGUUAUAUUAAAGGAUAAUUAUUUAUUAUAUGAUAAGGAGUACAAGAAUAACUUAAAUAUACAAAUAAGUUCAUUAAAUAUAGAUAAAGGUAGCAUAAUUAAAGUAAGCAGUAAAAAUAGAAGAAGUAUAAUAUAUAUUAAUAAUAUAGUAUAA